AUGUCAUUCAGCUGGAACGAUAUCGACGAGCGGCAGCGCGCUCGCAAUGAAAAGGACCGCGAACUGAAGGAUUACUUACGAGCCCAGCAGCAGGAGCAAAAAGAAAGAAAGGUUCGCCAGAAACAAAAUGAUAUCGAUAGCUUCCAUAAAGCCUACGGAUUUGGAGUCCGACAGAAUCCUCAAUCAAAUGGGCCAGAACAGCCGGCGCUGGCGCCGCGAGCUGAACCUGACUCUGAGCGGGAGCAGCACAGCAAACAUACCAUUCCUCCGAAGUCACCUCUUCCGCCCAUCUCUACGCACCCGCCAGAUUUUUCGUCCGCAUACGCAUCAAGGGCUGAAGGCUCUCCCAGAACGACUUCGCUGGUGCUCAAAACAAAUGACGAAAUAGGGCAGCUGCAGAACGAGCGCCGCCUGCGCAUGUCGUUAGAGUCGGACCUGCAAGCUGGAAAGAGUGUCAUUGCAAGCCUCAGCGCAAAAGUUGAUGCGUUCGCCAACCUCUUGUCGGCUGCACAGGGCGCAGCACACAACGCCGGGCGGAUAGCAGCGGAUGCUGACCGUCGUGCACGAGACGUUGAGGCCGCAGUUGCGAGCAAGCUGGAGCACAUCAUGACGUCGUCCGUCCGCGGACUUGUGGAUCAAUAUUCAAGCCAGCAUGACAGGCAGGACACGAUAUUGCGACAUGAGGAGUCGGAUAGAUACCGUGCGGUAAUGGAGCAGAUGGCGCGUUUGCGCUAUCAGGUUGAAGCGCUCCAGGUUCAGACAACUGAACAGGGUCAGAAUUUACGAUUCCGGGCAUUGGAUCUGCAUCAGGAAUCCCAGAUAGGGAUAGAUGCCAUGCGCUUAGCGAAAGCCCACGACGCGGCCAUCGACGAGGUUCAUAAUGUAGUAAAUGCUCGGAUGAACUCCGUAGAGCAAAAGAUGAUCGCUGCUGCUCAAGAUCUGGAAAGGCGGAUUGAGAACGAGGCACGGCUUCGGGAUCAGGCAGCCAGUGCCAUGUUUAGCGAGAUGCGAAAGCUCAUCUCAGAGAGCGAGUACAACUCUGCUGCUUCUCUAGAGAGUAUGCGAACCAGCAUCGUCCACGCGAACGAGGCCGACCGGGCGGAUUGGGAGAAAGCAGUAUCGCAUGGAAUCAGUCUGACGCGAGCCGUUGAGAAGGAUGUUGCCGCGGCAGUCGGAGGGGUCACGGACCUGGGGCUACGGGUAGAAGCAGGCUUUCAGGAAAGCCGGACUGGCCAAAAGGAGAUGUCGGCACAGUUUCAGUCAACUAUUGCGCAAACAAUUGAGCGCUUGGAGGGCAUGGUGAAUGCUCAAGCCUCGUACAGCCUGGCCGAGCUGGGGUAUUUGAAAGCGAGGAUGGCGCCUCUGGAGGAAGCUUCGAGACUAAAUCACCAGCAGAUCGAUGCUGCCGAGAAGGUUUUGCGGGCGGAGAUAAAUCAACGGCUCCACUUCUCGACUGACACGUCCAAGGCUUUCACCUCACUCCACUCUCAAAUAAGCAAGCUGGAUGACCAGUUGCAGAAAAAGCUGCAGGAGCAGGCUGAGGCUGCCAGUCAAUCUGUGUACGAUGUCAAAACACGUAUACUGCAGGACGUCGAAGCACAACUGGGUAGUAUAAAUGCUCAUUGCAGGACCGUGGAUAAAGCUAUCGCGCAGAAUACGGAAUCCGUCGGCCGACAACUUGCAAGUCUUCAAACCACUGCAGAGCAGCUGCGGGAUGGUGCGGAAGUACGAGACACGGCGUUGCGGGGCGAAAUGGAGCAAUUGAAUGCGGAGACUUUGAAGAAAGCAUCGGCGGCGGCUGCGGAGGUAGCCGAGGAAAUGCGGGAAAAGAUUCGCGUCAAGACAUUGCAGUUAGACCGCACGUUCGAGGCACUCAAGCAGGAACUUGCAGCACGUACGACACGGUCAGCGAUCGAGGAUGUGGUGAGCAGACAGGUCGAGAAGGGAAUGUCUGCGCUGCAGUCGUCCUUCAACGAAAAAUUUGCUGCCCAGGAUAAAGCUCAAAGCUGUUUUGAAGCUGAGCUGAAGCAGGUCCAGGCUCACCACACAACCUCCACGGAGAAUGCAAAUAAGCUGCAUAAACAGCUGGCUUCACUAUCAGAUCGAGCACGGCAGCUUGAGCAGACGCAACAAGCCGCCUCGAACAAAGCAGACUCCCUACAUGUAUCAAUGGUGGGAAUGCAGAAACGCGAGCUCGAAGUCAUCAACCACCUGGCAGACCUGCAGAACAGCAUCGCGGCGCUACCCACUCACAGCAGCUUGCAAGAGAUGGAACGGCUGAUAGCGAUGCGCAUGGACGCUCUGCAGUCACGCAUAUUGCAAAAGACGGACGACCGAAUGGCUGCCCGGACGGAGGACUCACGCCGCGAAUGGGAUGACAACCUACGCGCGUUCUCUACUCGCAUGAACACCUCCGUGUCGGGGGCGAUUCACUCUUUGCAAAACGAAUUUGAAGAGGAGCGGCGAAAUACUCUGGUUCGCGUGACGGCGACCGCGCAGACGCUGAUAGAGCCAUUGAUUCGAGAACGCACACGGCAUGUCAACGAUGCACUUGAGAUGACGUUCGAGCGUCUGAGAGACGUGGAAGGCUCUGUCCGCGACAAGACUAGGGAGCUAAGCGCACGAUGCGAUGAGUUGAAAGCGGCGAUGAACCGGCGGGAAAGGUCACAAACAUCUUUAGAUCCGCCACAGCUUUACCGGCAGCCGCCAUCUCGUACUGUUAAAGAAGAUAAGUCAUCUUUGACAAAAGAGACGCACUCUGAGAUAAAACAACCAGGUGGCCAUUCGCAAGGCAUCAGCGGACGGCCGGAAGUUGACGAGCCGAUAGACGAAGUCUCAAGACGAGAGGAGAACGUGCAUAGCAUUCGGCAGACAGUCCACGACCAUCUACCUGUGCACCCCAAUCAGCAGGAGACCACCACGGAGGCCAAAGAAGCGCCGUCGCAGAAUUUGAGCCACGCGACAUCAGACAUUCCAUCGAGACGAGAAGAGAACGUGCAUACCAUUCGAGCGACAGUCGAAGAGCAUCUGCCCAUCAAUUCCAACAAAGAGACGAAGGAGUCGACGCAGUACAGCGUCACUCAGGCGACGCAGGAGGAGAAACUUAAAAGGAAUCAUUCGCAAACUCGGCCAAACUCCGGUGAUGCGGCUGGACAUUGGGGAACUUCCCCGUAUCAUACCGUAACUGAGUCCAGCAUAUCCACAUCAAAUGUCUCGCCAGAAGCUGGAAUCGCCUCCCAUGUCCCUCCAAUUCCUUCCGAACCGCCUGCGACCGAUAUGCACCCGUCCUCGACUUUGACGGCGCCUCCAACCGUCAAAGCGGUAUUGGCGAUAAAAGCAACCACUCGCGAACAGCAUGGCCUCGCGCGCUCCUCGCACAACAUAGACGCAGCCAGUAGUCGAUCCAAGGAUGAGGAAACCAGGGCUUCCAGACGCAAGUCGAAAUAGCAGCGAUAUCAGAACUGUAUACGAGAUAGAUCAGGGUAUCGUAGCAACCCUUGGCCGAUGGACAAUAGUUCCCUGGGUAGACGCUCUUUUGUGACAUACUGCACGCCAAUCUAUGUACAGUAUGUACUGUACAGUACAUCCUUCGGCUUGAUGAAAAGGGGAUAGCAAUGACGCAUUGAACCCAGGUUCAGGAAACAGCGUUGCCGUCCUGUCUCCCGUCAGUCCGCCACCAGAAGUGUCGGAUUCCCGGAUCCGAGCGAGAUCCGUUGUAGGUCUAUAUGAGCUGGUCGGGGCCAGACAUCAUUACCUGCAGCCAUUUGUCGGGGCGGCGAUUCGCUGGCGCAUGCCCGGAUUUGGGGUAGCAUGGAUCGUGGGCGUGCCCCCUUUUUUGGGAUUUCCUUUUUCGGCAGUGCUUCCGAGUGGGUUUCGAG